UACAGACAGGAAGAGGCUGCGUCACAUCAUGCAGAUUCCUUUAGAGCUGGAGGGUAUGUGUGUGUUCAUUAACUCAGCUGGUAGAAAUCAGAGCCGUGAUUAAUCCUCCACUCAGAGUUAAAAACAUGUGUAAUAGUGACAGCAUGGAGCACAGCGACCCUCCCUCACCUGGAGAAGCUCCGUCUGACUCCUCUGUCCUCAGAGCUGUGGGGCUGAUCACCGGAGACAUGAGGCUAUGUGGGGAGUGGGUGAAAAGACAGGUGUUGGUGGUCCAGCUGCUGGACUGGGUUCUGAGAGGCGUGGCUCAGGUCAUGUUCGUCAACAACCCGAUCAGCGGGCUCCUCAUCACCACCGGGCUCUUCCUGCAGAACCCGUGGUGGGCUCUGAACGCUCUGAUCGGGACCUUCGUCUCCACGGCGUCUGCAGUGCUGCUGGGACAAAACAGGGAGGCCAUAUCAGCCGGUCUGCAUGGCUACAAUGGGACGCUGGUGGGCAUGCUGAUGGCUGUGUUCUCUGCAAAGGGAAGCUGGUACUGGUGGCUUCUGCUGCCAAAUGUGUUCAUGUCCAUGCUGUGUCCGGUGGUCUCCAGUGCUUUGUCCUCAGUCGCCGGUAAAUGGGACCUCCCAAUCUUCACCCUGCCCUUUAACAUCCUGCUGUGUCUCCAUGUCGCAGCUACAGGAGUGAAUCACCCCUACUUCCCUGAGGUGGAUUUCAAGCCAAAUCAAGACCAUCUGCUCGCUCUGAAUGACACCGUGCAGAGCCUGCAUGUCUCUCAGCUCUUGCUGUCAGUGCCGGUCGGAGUGGGCCAGGUGUACGGCUGUGACAGUCCGUGGACAGGAGGUCUGGUCCUGCUGGCCCUGCUGCUCUGCUCCCCAACAAUCUGCUUUCAUGCCAUGUGGGGCUCUGCUGCUGGCAUGCUGUCUGGGUUUGCACUGGCAGCUCCUCUUGAGGACAUUUACUCCGGGCUUUGGGGGUAUAACAGCGCUCUGUCCUGCAUUGCCAUCGGGGGGGUCUUCUAUGUGCUGACAUGGCAAACACAUCUCCUGGCUGUAGUGUGUGCACUCUUCUGCGCAUACAUGACGGGAGCGGUGUCAAAACUCAUGUCUGUGCUCGCAUUACCCGCCUGCACGUGGCCGUUCUGCCUGUCGACUCUCAUCUUCCUCCUCAUUUCCUCUGAGAUCCGGGCCAUCUGCAGACUGCCUCUGUUUAGGGUUUCCAACCCCGAGCAGAACCGGCGCUACUGGAGACAGCUCAAGGAAAAAGAGAAAGCUGAGCAGAGUCGAGAGGAUGGGGAGCAGAACGGAGGGCCCAACUUUACACUGGUGGUGGAUCUGGCCCGCAGUGAAACUGCGUGACCUCUUUGAAUUAUCUAUGGUGGUGAACCAGGGGAAGGAAGUUAAGCCUCUUCUCAGUGAAAGAAUGUGGAAAUUAGGUGAAAAACGUGUUAUUUUUCUAACAUUUCACUUGUUAUUUAGCAUGUUUGCAGUCCUUAAGUGGUUCUUAUCAUCUCUAAGUGUAAAAAUAUGUAGCAAAUACACAUGUUUUUUCACAUGUAAGUCAACAUAGCAUUUAAAUCCUCUAGCCAUGCCUAUUUUGGGAAAAUAAAGGAUAUAUUGUUUGGA